CCGAUGCCGGUAGCCGGGGCUCUCCGCGGGGCCAGUGCUGAGGGAGGUGGCGUUCCCGCCUUUCCCCUCAGCGGCCACCGGAGCGUGUCGAGAGCCCCACCGCCAGUGGGCGUGGCCCCGGGCGCAGGUGCAGGAGGGGGCGUGGCCUCAGGGCGUCCCCUCAGGUGCGGGAGGCCUGAGGCGGCGGCGCCGCUCCCCGCCAUGGCGGCCCCCGGCGGGCUCGGCCGCUGCGUGGCCGCCUUCUGGCUGGCGUUGGCCUUCGACGCGCUGGGCCUGGCGGUGCUGCUGGCAGGCGUGUUCGCCGACGUGUUCUUCUCCGACCUGCUGAUCUACGCGGGCGGCAUCGGCAUCUUCCUCAGUCUCAUCUGGUGGGUGUUCUGGUACGCGGGCAACCUGGAGGUGCCUCUGGAGGAGCUGCGCGACGACGUGGGGCUGGCGCCGCCCAAGGUCCGCAGUGACAGCCUGCUGCGGCGGCUGGUGCACGGCUUCAGCCUCCGACUCUCCAACACCUUCGCUUCCGCGCCGCGCUCCCGCGCUGCCUUCGCCGCUGGCCUGGAGCUGCAGCGCGCCGGAGACCCGCAAAGCCGCCCCGCCGACUCCGGCAGCAGUUGCACCUCCAAAGGUAAUGCAGGGUUUCCUUUUCAAGAUCUGUUGAAGAUGCAACUAUUGAAGUUACUGCCUCUAAAAGUGGAGAAAAUGCUGCAAAUUAUGGAAAGUGAUUUCCCUGCUCCAUGCAGUAGGAUUCUCUCAUCAUGGAAUGAUCUCUGCAACCAUUGUGGACUCUCUGUGAAAUGGACAAAUAGAGCCAUAUCUCUGCCAAACGCCUGUAUUUUAGCAUUGGACUGUAUAUGUUUUGAAAUGGUGGAAAAACCCCACAACACCCCCUAAGUUAGAUCUCUUAAGAAGUGAGAACUAAAGAAACAAACCUGAUUCAUGGAAAAACCACUGCAGCAUGUAAUAGAGAUUUUAUUAUUAUUUUUAAUAACCUGAGAAUGUUCAGAUAAAAAGCUCUUGCACAAUGAAAAGCUCUUGCACUGUUUUACCAAGGUCUGGAAGUUAAACUUACUGUGAAUUUUUAUGAUGCCAGUGCAAUACUUUUGUUUGUAAGGGUGCUUCUGAAAUAUCUAUGUUAAACUACCGAUGCAAAGUUGCAAAUAUAGUAAAAGUUGUUUAUAGUGUAAAUAACAAUUUAGAGUAACUCUUGUAAAUUUUCAUAAUUAUUUUGGAAUAACUUGGAAUUUGAGAUUUUUAUAAGUAGACAAGUAAAAGUAAUUAUAUUGGCACACCAGUACAUUCUUCAUAGUUACAAGUGAUGUAAUAUGACUAAGAAAAGGUAGUUUUAGUGCAAUAAUACUGGGAAUUAUUUUCCUAAGUCUAAUAAUUUGGGAAAGGGGAUACCACCAAAAAAAUCCCCUGUUGAUUAACAGAUACUCUGAUGCUUUAUAAAAUAUUAAUGAAUUUACACUUAGAUUUAAGUGAAAAAUAGCACCUGGGGAAAGAUUUAUAUUAAAGGUAAUGAUACCUGAAA